AUGACAGAGAUUAUUAGUAAUAGAAAUAAUAUAAUAAUAUAUCAAGUUGUUAGGAAUAGAUUGUUGUGGAGACAGAUAUUUGAUCAUGUACAUUGGAUAAACAAGAUAAUCUAUCAGACCGAUAGUGAUUUUAGAAAUGUGUCAAAGAUAAAGAGGUACGGUGACAUGACGGUUGUCUGUGACAUGCUCAAGAACAGACACUAUGGAUUGUUAAGAGAAAAGAUUCAACGUGGAGAGAAACUAGUGUUUACAAGAACUGGUACACUUGAUCUGAUUGCUGCGUGCAAAGAUCGUGAUACUAUCAUGUUGAUGUUACGUGCAUAUGACAACGACGACCAAGUAUCGAUAGCUGGCAAGAGUACAAGAACAGACACUUUUUGGGAUUUGGUAAUUCGUGCAUUAUCUGCAGAUAACUUGGUUGGUUUGGAGUGUCUACAAGAACACUAUCAAAUGGAUGAUAGUGUUGUCCCACCAAAAGAUUUAAUGUUUUGUCCAAGGUCUGUUGAAGCUGCAAAUUAUCUCAAACGACAAUUCAGUGGUAUCAAACAACUACAACUACCUCUUGAUGAUUUGGCUACUGUCGCAGACCUAGAUGAUAGCUUUGUUGCCGAUAGAUAUCUGGAUUCGAAAUUAUUCAAUCUAUCUAAAGUCGAUGUGGUCGUGUUGGUUGACAAGUUGGGUCUGGCUACAAUCGAAAAGGUGUACAAACUUAUUGGAUGGGGUAGUAUCGCUGCCAAGAUAGGACAAGACAACCAUAACUAG